CUUUUUGACGAACUGCAACUCGUUGAUUGAACGGUUAUGUUCAACGACUGACCGUUAAGGCGCAGAAAGGUGGCUCGGGCGCAAACGGAGAUUGAUUGAAGUGAUCGGUGUGAGUCCAAUUAAUGCAUCCUGGAUUAUUGCCAAGACAGAAGCAAUGGUGGGGAACUCCACCGUCUAGCCUCUGAUCUGCCUCCUCACCAAAUCCAACAAGGAGCCUCUGCACCCAGUGUUCGACAACACUCCUCCUUCUUUUUACCCAGGCAAGGAUGGUACCCCCACCCCCCACUAACAAGCCCCACGUGUGCCUGUCUACCAUCCUCAUUAUGAGCAGCAUGGCUCUGAUUGACGCCUACCUGGUGGAGCAGAACCACGGGCCCCGUAAGAUUGGCAUCUGCAUCAUGGUGAUGGUGGGAGACAUCUGCUUCUUAAUCGUGCUGCGGUACGUGGCGGUGUGGGUGGGCGCCGAGGUUCGGACGGCCAAACGCGGCUACGCCAUGAUUCUGUGGUUUCUUUACAUUUUUGUGCUGGAGAUCAAAGUUUACUUCGUGUACCAGAACUACAAGGCGGACAGGAAAAGUUUGGACGCCCUAGCGAGGAAGGCGUUGACGUUGCUCCUGUCCAUUUGCAUCCCGGUGCUGUUCAUCGUGCUCGUAGCCAUUGACCACAUGGAGUACGUCCGCGCCUUCAAGAAGCGGGAGGAGAUCCGCAACCGUCUCUUCUGGGUGGUGGUGGACCUGCUGGACAUACUGGACAUCCAAGCCAACCUGUGGGAGCCUCAGAAGAAGGGGCUGCCUCUGUGGGCGGAAGGCCUGAUGUUCUUCUACUGCUACAUCCUUCUCCUCGUGCUGCCCUGUGUGUCUCUGAGCGAAAUCAGCAUGCAGGGCAUAAACAUCGUCCCCCACAAGAUGCUGCUGUACCCCAUCCUCAGCCUGGCGACCAUUAACAUCAUCACGCUCUUCAUCCGCGGGGGGAACAUGCUCCUCUACCGGGACGCCAGGGUAUCGGGAAUCCUUAUAGGGAAAAACAUACUGGCCAUCAUCCUAAAGACCUGCAGCUUCGUGCAGUACAGGAGACAGUUGCAGAACGCUCCUCCUGCUUUUGGAGUGGAGCUGCAGAAGAACUCUGUGGCUCACACUCGCCCUUCCCCCACUCCCCCGCAAGUGGUCAUGCAAGACCAGACACCGCUCCCCGAAGUAACGACGUGCGAACACACAUGACACAGAGACGGGGCGAACUCUGGAAGAGUCGGUUUGAGCACUCAUGACCCUCAGGACGCUGGCGGGGAGCAGUGGUCCGCACCGUUCAGAGUAUGUGAACACUCAUGGGAGGACGCAGGAGAUCAGCAUCCCUGAUGCUUAAAGGGAAAGUCCAGUCAUCUUUGAAGUGAUGCUCCGUCUAAUAGUCCGGAC